UCUUUUGCUUUCUCCACAAUUCAAAGCUUAAAAUUAGUUUUAUUCAUUUUUUUUCCCUCUCUGUCUCUCUCUUUUGCAAGAAAUUGGUAGAGGGAGAAGAAUAAACAUAUUAAUCAGAUCUUGUUUUAAGUGCAAACACACCCCUCACUUUUUUAUCAGCUUCAGCAUCCUUAUGUUAAAACAAAAAAAAACGCAUCAAAUCUCGGAGAAAACAAAAAAAAAAAUUGAUUAUUUCUAGUGAAGAAAACAAAAAAAAAAAAUUGAUUAUUUCUAGUGAAGAAAACAAAAAAAAGUCGAAGACUUUACAUCUGGGUUCAUCGAUUGGAGAGAUAAGUAAGAUCUUCUUGCAAUGGGUAUGGCAGCAGAAUCGCAGUUUCAUGUAUUAGCUGUUGAUGAUAGUCUUUUUGAUCGGAAACUUAUUGAGAGAUUGCUUCAAAAGUCUUCGUGUCAAGUAACUACUGUUGAUUCAGGCUCAAAGGCUUUAGAGUUUCUGGGUUUAAGACAAGGUAUUGAGAGUAAUGAUCCAAAUGCACUUUCUACGGCUCCUGUAAAUCACCAGGAAGUUGAAGUCAAUCUUAUAAUUACUGAUUAUUGUAUGCCAGGCAUGACUGGUUUUGAUUUGCUCAAGAAAGUCAAGGAAUCAUCAGCUUUCAAGAACAUACCAGUAGUUAUAAUGUCCUCUGAGAACGUUCCUGCAAGAAUCAGCAGAUGUUUGGAAGAAGGUGCUGAAGAGUUUUUCUUGAAACCAGUAAGAUUGGCUGAUCUUAACAAGUUGAAACCUCAUAUGAUGAAAACUAAGUUGAAGAACCAGAAGCUGGAGGAGAUUGAGGAACUUUCAAAAGAUGAAAAUGGAACUGUAGCAGCAGCAGCAGCAGUUGUACCAGAGAUUAAAGGCUCUACAAAAGCUGAAAUCGAAGUCUUGCCUCUGCAACAAGAUCUGCUAUUAGUACAACAAGGGGAUCAAACGUUGAGUACUAACAACAAGAGGAAGUCAAUGGAAGAGGGGAUCUCAACAGAUAGACCACGUCCUAGAUUUGACGGUAUCACAACUGCUGUCUGAUCUAUAGCUAUAAAUGCUUCGUUUUUGGGGUUUCUGAUUUUAGAGUUUUGUAGAUUGUCGUAGGAAUGCUUCUGCUGGUACAAUACAUGGUUUUAGUCGGGAAUGCAGAGAGGGGGAUAUGAUGAUGAUGUAUGGGGAUAAUGUUUAUAUGUACAUCAGUAAAUCUUACAUGGUGAAUAACCCAGUUCCCAAUUUUUUACUUUUGGUAUAAAGAAACUCAACUUGACUA